AUGUACAGCGGUCUCUUCACGUCUCUGCGAGACUCUCUACUGCACCAAGAUGUUCAUGCUUGUUUCCACACCCUCCAACACCCAAAAUUGCACAUGGGAGACUUACUCAAGCCCUCCCACAAGGAGUGGUACUUUGUUGUGUUGGAGAACAAUUUGGACAAGAUGAUUCGGUGCCUCGAUGACAGCGGUGGCGAUGAGGAGACCUUAGUGAGAAGCCUCAAGGUGUCAGUGAAGUUGGCCAAUGCAUAUGCAAGGCGAGAGGAAUUGUUGGAUCAGUCUCUGCAGGCCAUAAACAUGGCGGUAUGGAAAGACGAUCCAUUGGCUACCAUUUCUGCACUCAUCGAGCAUAACGACAAUUUAAAUGGCAUAGCAAGGGACCUUGUGGGGACUGUGUCGGUGAAAGAGAUAGCGUCUUCAAUGGUACUUCAGACAAGGGCUGAGCUCAUUCAUGAGGAACUGAAGGCUGCGCUGAAGGAGAAGGGCAAACAUCUGUCAUAUGAGGAGGUGCUGACCAUCAUGCGAGUCCUACAUCGUGUGAUUGGUUUGAAUGAGGCGGUGAGCGUGCGGAAUGCGAGUAAAAUAAUGCCGAUCCUCUUGGCAAAGGAUGCUCUUUGGGAGAAUGUUGUGCAGUCCAACGGUGACCUCGGGGCCACCUACUUAUGCAGGCUUUGCGAUGCGCAAGAUGAAAAGUCCACAGAAACGGGUGAGUUGUUCAAAGUACUUUUAAAAUGCAUAGUCUGUUUGCCACACCAUUUGUUUGUCCUUUUAUUCGCUUAUCCAAAGCUUUUGAUUAUUGAUUUACGUGUCAAUCUGUGUGCCCAUUCCUUUCGUAAACUGGGCGAACUGAACAGUUCUGACAAACAUCUGUUUACAGGAAUGCCAAGCAUCCUGUCACACUGUGAAAUCCAGCGCAUCAUCAAUGAGGUGGCUAAAGCAGAGCUGUGCCAAAGAGAGUCCUCAAGUGCCCUCAAUAUGAACGACUUUGAGGCUUCCACGUGUGCACCCGAGGAAGUGAUCAUCGCACCUAUAGCCUGCUCUGAUUCGACCGUGAAGACGUGCGAGUACUACCUCUCCAGAGUGCACUGCAGUCUGACACCAGGCGACGAAUUUGUACUAUGGGGAUGGCUUCAAGCCCUUAGAACCACCGGCUAUCUGUCAGAUGUCAGCUCACAACUCUCUUCUGAUCACAUAGAUCUCUACCGAUGUGUCCUCAGCACUCUGACCAAAAGAACUGCCAGCAGUGUGAAAGAAGCACUCCAACUGGCCCACAAUAUUCACGCCAGAGCUCUGGCCUUGGGCAAGGUUUUGAGAGAUAUUAACAACUUUCUUCAGCAUCCAAAUGGUUGGCAGGGUCUCAAAAACUACAUACUCAAGUUGGACAGCAAGCGAGGCUCGUCUCCAUGUUGCACCGCUUUGAGGUUGCACGUGAAACGCAAAUGCAUUGAGGAAUAUGUGGAAGCACUAUUUCAAAUCAAAACUUCAAAACAAGAAAUGAAUGUGUCGAGAGGUGAAUGCAGCCCAAGGGAGUGCCAUGGAUGGCUGGUUACCAGUGUUUCUAGUAUGAGGGAGGAGGGGCACGCAGAGAAGGAGCAGUGGCAGGAGGAACGGGUGGAGGAGAAUGAAAAGGCGAUUUACUUUUAUUUUAACAUAAAGUCCCAGAGGUUGAUAUGGAAGCCUUCGUACACUACUCCUGAACCCACCUACCUCGAACCAGAUCUACUAACUCGUGAAGAAAUUGAGGCAUGCAUCAACCGUGUCAACUUAGGCGUUCAGCCACCGCAAAGCGGAUUGAGAAAGCGCAUCUCUGCUGAAGCUUUCGACCUGCUUGACCGACUGAUUCGUGCUUGGAUUAUAAGGCAGCAUUACCGUGAGUGGAUGUUGGCACUGUGUGAGAAGAUGAGAAUAAUCGGCGAGAAAAAGCGUCUACUCAGAGGUAUUUGCCUUUACCAAGCCAUGUGGCGAGGCUUUUGCAUACGACGACGAUACAAGGCGUACCUGCAGGUUUUGCGUUCACCAAAUCUGCAAAGUGCAGCAAUACAAAUCCUCCACUUCAUUCGCCGUCAACGAAGACGCCGUUUUGUUGAACAAACAGUAAACGGAGUUAGACACGUUUUGAAGUGCAUCCGGCGAUUUCAAGCGCUGUGGCGUGGCUUUGCACUGAGACAAACGCUCACUACCGCCCUCGUCCUUGCCCUCAACCCGAUGUCACCAAGCGCGUGCGAGAGGCCUCUAGUUACUCUGGCAAGACUCCUCAGUAGCUGUCUCAUGCCCACUCUUACCGAUGACAUCUACAACUUCCAGCUCAACUGCUUUCAGGCUGCUCAAGGAGUGGAGGAUAAGGCAGAGCAAUUGAUGAGGCUGCAAGAUGAUAUUGAAAGUGCAUCAAAGUUGCUCCAGCUUGUGGUCCAAAUGCGUCAAGCGGCAAUGACAUCAAAAGCAAGACGUGCAAUGCUCUGUUUCUCCACAGUUACACUGUGUGGUGACAGCCGAAAUCUCUCGCAUCAUCUGCAACCAUCUCAAACGUCUCCCACUGAAGUGAUCAGUGAGAAGUAUGGUGGACUGCUUUUCCUCCUCUAUGCUCAACCGGAUUACUUGGCUCGAUUGUUGGUUGAAUUGCCAGCUCACGUGUUGUGGGUCGAAAAAGUGGAGGGAGUCCUGGAGACCUGCAAACCCACUGAUUUUGCUCUCCGACUGGAGCGCAUUAUUUUAAGCUUGUACGACUACGGAAAGCGAGGCGGAGGUGAGGUGCGCUUCACAUUCCUCAUAUCUCGAGCCCUUCACAUUCAACUGCACACCACACCAUGGAAUGAGGUGAAGAGUAUGAGGAGUCACUUUGCACUGCGACUGGCAGUAGCAAUGACUCAUGUCAGUCACUCGACGAGGGGUACAGUUGUGAAGCGACUGAUUCCAUUGCUGCAGAACAUUCUCACCGCUGAUACACAAAGGGAGGAGGGAGAAAGGAGACCCUCGUCAAGAAUGCCACAAGGAGAUGGGAUCGCCUCUUUGCACCAUACUUCACAUCGUGCUGGCAACACACGAAUAUUACAGCCAACAAACGCAGAAGGCGAGGGGAAGGUGGUGGUGGUGAUGUCGAAGGAGAGGAAUCGAAGCAGGUGGAGGGAUGUGACAAGCACUAUCGAGGUGGACAGAGGGCUGUGUCGAACGCCAUCGAAGGGCACCAAUGUCUCCUGGCUUGUUCACGUCGCUGAACGUCUCUUCUUUGCCCUCUUUGAGGAGGAAGGAGGUGUAGUCUUGCCCUCUCCGCUACUCGUAUUCAUUCAAGAAGUGUUUCGCCUUCUGCGCCAACGUUUCCCUCAGCAACCAAUAAAGGACCUUCUCAAGUUUGUUGGCCUUCACCUCUUCUACCGCUACAUCCACUCUAUAAUUCUCGCUCCUGACGCAUUCGCCACCACUGACAGCGAAUCAAGGGAAUCCACACCAACAGUGCAGAGGCCAGAGGACGUCCAACGUGCUACGCUGGCGGGACUGUCGCGCCUUCUAUGUUUAGUGGUGGAAAACAAGGGCAUUGCAUCCACUACUACCACCUCCGGCAUGGUUGAUGAGACACGGACUUUGAACGGUCUUAUUAAGGUGUGGCACGUCCGAUUUAAGGCCUACCUUCUCAAACUGAUUGGAGAUGAGAAGAAGUGCUGCGAACCGUCUGUGGGGAAGCUGCGACGAAUGGCGAAUGAGUGGAUUUGUAGACUCUCAUGUUCAAAUGCGGUAGUCGCAGAGGCAAGGAAUGUCACAAUGAAUGUUGAUGAGCUUGUAGAAUUGCACCGACUGAUCAACGCAUAUCGGGUGAAAAUUGCACCGAAUCCAGACGAUCCACUUCAUGAGGAGAUGAAGAAGGUGGAGCACCUGCCUCAAGUCCUAUACCGCCAUCCUGGUGCGAAGGGAAAUGACGGGCGCACUGAUGAGAAGUUGGUGUGGAGUGUUGAGGUGACAAAACAGAGGUCAUCGAAAGGGGCAUCUGGGUUGGAGGGCUUCACGCUACAAGAUCACAUUACCACAAAGACCACAGCGGCAGGACUGCGAUUGUGUGAGGUGCCACUGUUGGCCGGAGGCAGAGACAGGGGCGGUUACACAGACGGAGUCGGUGGUGUUACGCGCAGUAGCAGUAGCAACAACAGCAACAACACCCCAGUCACAUCUGGUCAAGCACAACUGGAUGACAGGAAGGAAUCACGAAAUCACGAGGCGCUGUUCAGAUACUACCGCUUCAAGUCAAGCGACACCUCAGAUUUGGUGCUGCCAGAAGGCAACCAGGUGCACCUAUGUAUGAGGGCGAAGAGUGCGAAGGAGAUGGGCAAUGCCUGCCUCUACACGGCCAGAGCACUUGGUAUGAGUUCGACCGCGUGUUUCUCAUUUGCUGCUAGAAAUUGCUGCUCCUUUCACACACGGAAUGCAUACUCAUCAAAUGUGCACCAUGGAGCAGCCUUCAUCAGCCACACCUUCCUACCAGACGCAAACAGCUGCGUGUUUUGUGCAUCUGAGCGAGUGCAUCUGCGUCCUCCGCAUUUUAUCUAUGGUUGGACUGAGACGAUGCCACCAACUGCAAAGGCCAUACGACCGCUGGGCAGAUCGACCUCCAACACUGAGGUCGAAGGUGUGGCGGUGGGUGAGAGGUUUGCCAUCGGCGAAACACAGAGGAGAACGCGUUUCACAAUCGGUCAGGACGGCGUCGUUGUGUCUGCCACGCCCGCCAAUCGUGAAAAGAUCGUAUGGCCCGCGGAGGCUAGGAGAUUUGCAACCUUGUGGACACAAGCCAAACAGGCCAUGGUGCACCUCCUUUCCUCCCUCACAGUACACAGAGACGCGUUAAGCGAAGAGGUGCUACUGGAGCAGCGAAAGAGGAUGUCAAACGUGCCUAGUUGGUUUAGCCUUCUGCGCUCGUGGCUGACGCGUGCCAUGGAAGAGGGUGAAGACGGGCACCUUGAAGAUGGCUGUGCUUUAGUGAAACGCCUUCACGAAAUUAUAAACACACUCUACUCUGCAAUCUGCGCCAUUCAGACGAUGCGGAAUGAAGGCAUCACCACAUUGUGGCACGAUCUCAUAGUGGGUGUAGCGCGAGAUGUGCUUCACAUGGAUGCAGCCUGUGCGACCGCUGAGUGGAAGAGGAUCAGUAAUCGUCUGGUCGCCGUAAAUUGCGCACUGGAAGAUCGCCUACAGGCAGGCCAAGCCAUACUCACCUCUGCACAGCAAGCGCUAUGCCACGCCCUUCAACCACGGUGCCCGCUGAACAGCAAAUUUGCUAUCAGGUGCGUGGUGCAUUCUUUUUCACUACCCAGAUCUCGAGCAAUGGUAGGCGUGAGCCUCCCCUUUGGUUACCUCAUGAGUCACACCAUUCUGAAGGAGGAGGAGGCAUUGUGUGUCUUUUCUGGCAAGCAGAUGCGCAACAUGCGACUGGAUGUGGUGGCAGUGCCAAGGGCAACAAUGGUGGGUGGAUUUGGUCUCACCGUCUUUCUGUUAGGCGUGCAGUGGGAAGAACCAGAAGAAAUCCAACUGCCUCAUCUUCUCCAUUCGCUGUGUUGCGGCGAGUCGAGUCUAGUCCUCUUCUCUCAUCAACUGCACUUCAAUUUAUUGCCUUUCAUUCAAAUGAUAUUCAACAAGUUCUAUGCCGCUCCCCUCCCCACCCAUCCCUCCUCCUCCACUCCACCAUGCCCACCUCCACAAUCAUCCCCACAUUCACCCCUACUCCCACUCCCUUCCUUCCACACAUCCUCCGCAUCCUUCGCAUCCGCUAAUGAGUCGGACAGCGAUGUAACUGUAAAAGAGCUGGUAGUAGAUUUGGCACAGGCCAAGGUGUUUGGUGUGGAUAAAUGGACAUCAUGUCAAAAUCGGGCCAACAUCGCUGACCUCACUAUGAAGGGGAUUUGGGCGCGUGACAUUGACGCAUUGGCUGAGGCUGCACUCACUCUCACGCCUUAA